AUGGAUGUCGGCACUUUUUACGGUGGAACAAGACGGGGAGUUCGGCCCAUUCCCGGUGAUGGUGACAGAAGCAGCGAUAGCGAGCUCUCGGACGACGAUGGGCAGGAACUGCUGCCGUGCCGGGCUCCAUCUGCGCUAGCAGAGGAGUCGUCUGAAAGCGAGGAUGAUAGUGAAGAUAAAGCACCUCCUUCAACAUCGACUUCUAGAGGCAAGAAAGGACCUGCGAAAUGUACACCAAAUUGGACGAACACAUGCCUUGAAAGAGACCCAAAGGAAAUUGAGUUCACUGGGAGCACCGUGAUGCCAUCGACUAUCGAGGACCUUGACACUCCCUUCCAGUUUUUCAAAUUCCUCUGUCCCGUUGAAGUGUUCAAGAUGAUUCGCGAGGAAUCGUUGCGCUACUCAGUUCAGUGUCGUCCUGAAAAGCCUCUUACGGUGAGCGUAGAGGAACUCGAAAGGUUCGUCGGAAUGGCUCUUUACAUGUCAAUCAUUCAGCUGCCAAGCACCCGAGACUACUGGAGCUCCAGCAUCGGACAUCACAAGGUUGCAGACGUGAUGUGCCUCAACCGCUGGGAAGAACUAAAACGGUUUCUUCACUUCAAUAAUAAUGAGACUUUUGUUGCCCCUGCAGAAAUUGGCCACGACAAGCUGCACAAGGUCAGACCCCUCUUGAACAAAUUGCUUGAGCAGCUGAAGAUAAUUCCGCGAGAAGAGAAACUGUGCAUCGACGAGCAAAUUGUUCCGUUCAAGGGACGAAGCUCCCUGAAGCAAUACAAUCCGAAGAAACCACACCGCUGGGGAUAUAAAGUUUUUGCUCUGAGUGGGGUGUCGGGUUUCUGCUACGAUUUUGAGGUCUUCAGUGGCGCCGCGGAAAACAAGCAGCUACCAGGCUGCUUCUUCUGA